UGUGUGUGUGUCAGUAGGUUGUUCUGCCGCUUGUCAGCUUGUUUGAGUCUCCUGCAGUCCUGAAACUUUCCAGCAUGGAGCUGGUUUCUCCUCUCUGUUAGUCGUGUUUUAUUUGUCUCCUUCUCCAUGUCCUACACGAUGACCACACAAGGACCAUACCUUCGUCCACUGGGGAUGGAUCUUACACUAACUCCUUUUCUGAUGCUGUUAAUGUGCGGAAUUCACGCCACAUCGCGUGGAUCAGAUCUGAUGUCUUACAUGCCUAACGUGUGCACGGAGCGUGAGGUGAAGCUGGUGGCUCACAUGCAGCCCUGUGUGCAGGCUUUCACACGGAUGGUCAAAGUGUGGAAACAAGGAUGUGAAGGACAGUCGUGGUGCACGGGCUACGAGCGGAGGACGGUGUAUUACACUGCGUACAGACAGGUCUAUCGUCAGGAAUUUGAGACGGUGCACAAGUGCUGCCCGGGCUGGUCACAGCUCAACGGGGAGGCCGGCUGUCUGUACCCUAUCUGCAGCUAUGGAGUGUGUUUUAACGGAGGCCGGUGUAGAGAAGGAUCCUCGCAGCUCUGUGAUUGCCCGGCUGGCUUCCACGGGCCGAGCUGUCAGUACGACGUGAACGAGUGCGAGGAGACGAAUGGAGGCUGCGAGGCUCUGUGCUGCAACACUAUUGGCAGCUUCUACUGCAAGUGUCCAUCAGGACAGGAACUCAAGGAAGACGGAAAGACCUGCCAAGAUAUCGAUGAGUGCCUCGUCCAUAACGGAGGAUGUCAGCACAAGUGUGUGAACACCCGAGGCUCCUUCCACUGCCAGUGUGACCCUGGGUUUCGCCUGCAUGUAGACAGACGCACCUGCAUAGGCGUUAGCUUGUGUGGUGUGAGUAAUGGAGGUUGUGAACACUAUUGUGUCCAGCAGUCAGCAGCUCAGAUCCAGUGCCGCUGUCGACCCAACUACAGACUGGCCGAGGACGGCAAACACUGCACCUUGGAGAACCUGUGUUCGCUGUGGAACGGUGGCUGUUCUCAGGAGUGCCACAGCGAUGGGGGCAGAACCUUCUGUGACUGUCGUCCAGGCUUCAACCUGACCGAUGAUGGCAAGACCUGCGAAGAUGUUGAUGAGUGCCUUGAUAAUAACGGAGGAUGUCAGCACAAGUGUGUGAACACCCGAGGCUCCUCCCACUGCCAGUGUAACCCUGGGUUUCGCCUGCAUGUAGACAGACGCACCUGCGUAGACAUCGAUGAGUGUCAGACAGGUCAGGCUCAGUGUUCACACGGCUGCCGUAACACCAGAGGCUCCUUCGUUUGCAUGUGUAACGCAGGAUACGAGGUCGGAGCUGAUGGCACGCAAUGUUACCGGAUCGAGAUGGAGAUUGUCAACAGCUGUGAGACUAAUAACGGCGGCUGUUCCCAUCACUGUGAGCACAACUCUAAUGGCCCCGUGUGCAGCUGUAACCAAGGCUACCGGCUCCAUGACGACCUCACGACGUGUAUCGAUGUAGACGAGUGUGUGGACGGCAGCUCAUGCUGCGAGCAGGACUGUAUGAAUUACCCAGGAGGCUACGAGUGCUACUGUACCGCGGGCUACAGGCUGGACUCGGACGGCUGCAGCUGCGACGAUAUAGACGAGUGUCUGGCCGAGAACGGUGGCUGUGAACAUGUGUGUCAGAACAGCGCAGGCUCAUUCAAGUGUUCCUGCUCACCAGGAUAUGGGCUGAACCCGGACCGUCGCUCCUGUAUCAGGCUGGAUGAAACAGUCCUGCACACUGGACAGGUGAAGGAAACCUGGCUGUUAAAUCUGAUCAAGGAUUCAUCACAGUUGGAGCACUAUGACGACUACGAGGAGGAUGAAGGAGAGCUGCGUGCUGAGAGCACUCUGAUGGAGAAAUUCGUCUGUUUGAACGACACGUUCGGCCUCGACUGCACUUUGUCCUGUGAGGACUGUAUAAACGGAGGAGUGUGUAACACACACAGAACUGGCUGUGUCUGUCCUGACAGCUGGACCGGAAUCAUCUGCAACCAGACCUGUCCUGAGGGCUGGUUUGGCAGAAACUGCUCAUCCCAGUGUAAGUGUGAGAACGGAGGUGUGUGUGAUCUGGUGACUGGAAGCUGUCGCUGUCCACCAGGCGUCAGUGGAGAACGCUGUGAGGACGGAUGUCCUAAAGGUCUGUAUGGAAAGCAGUGCAAUAAGAAAUGUAACUGCGCUCAUAACGGACGGUGCCAUCGCACCUAUGGGGCGUGUCUGUGUGACCCGGGACUGUACGGACGCUUCUGCCACCUGCCGUGUCCUAAAUGGGUGUUUGGACCCGGCUGCUCCGAGGAGUGUAAGUGUGUCCAGGAGAACACUCUGGAGUGCCAUCGGAGACACGGCAGCUGCGCCUGCAAGCCCGGAUAUCAUGGUGACAAAUGUGAAAAAGAGUGUGAUGUAGGCUUCUAUGGUCAAGGCUGUAUACAGAAGUGUUCCUGCCCAUCUGGGGCAGCGUGUGACCCUGUGACUGGGGUUUGCCAGCGUCAGUGUCCGGCUGGUAAAAGAGGAGAAAGCUGUGAUGAAGAGUGUGCAGAUGGGAACUUUGGGACCGGCUGCUCGGGGUCAUGUGACUGUUCAGGUGCUCCGUGUGACAAGGUGACCGGCCGGUGCCGAUGUCCUGCAGGGAGGAUGGGCAGCCGCUGUGAGGAAGAGUGUGCUGCAGGUCAGUGGGGUUUGGACUGUAAGGAGACGUGUCCAGUGUGUGAGAACGGAGGAGUGUGUGAGAAACACAGCGGCUCAUGCGUUUGUCCACCCGGGUAUCUGGGCAGACUCUGUCAGAGCUCGUGUCCAGCUGGUCGUUUUGGUCAGAGCUGCCAGAUGAAGUGUGUGUGUGAGAACAGCGGGCGAUGUCACCCAGUGACCGGACGCUGCUCCUGUCCUGCAGGCUGGAUCGGUCCCAACUGCCAGAAAGCCUGUGAUGCUGGACACUGGGGCCUGGACUGUGUGAGUGUGUGUGACUGCAGGAACGGCGACGGCAGCUGUGAUGCAGUAACAGGACAGUGUACCUGUGAAGCUGGGUUUACUGGAGCGCGGUGUGACCUCAAAUGCCCUGCUGGGAUUUUUGGCCUGGGCUGUCGGCAGCGCUGCCAGUGUGAGAACGAGGCGUCAUGUGACCACGUCAGUGGGGCGUGUACCUGUAAGGUGGGCUGGACCGGAACGUUCUGUGAGAAACCAUGUCCUCAGGGUUAUUAUGGACUGGACUGUCAGCACAAGUGUGUGUGUCUGAAUGGUGGAAGUUGUGAUCACCUCAGAGGGAAAUGUGUGUGUCCUGCAGGCUGGACUGGUCCGAACUGUAACCAGACGUGUCCGGCUGGGUUUUAUGGUGAAGGCUGUUCUCAGACCUGCACUUGUCAGAACACUGAGAGAUGCCACGCGGUCACCGGUCAGUGUGUGUGUACGGCAGGGUGGACAGGACUGAACUGCUCACAGAAAUGCCCGGCGGGUUUGUUCGGGUCAGGCUGCAGUCAGAGGUGCUUGUGCCAGAACGGCGGGACAUGUGACCACAUCGACGGACACUGUUCCUGUCCCAGCGGCUGGACGGGCACGGCGUGUGAGCAAGAGUGUGUCUCGGGUCGUUUUGGGCCGGACUGCCAGCAGGAGUGUGAGUGUGAGAAUGGAGGGCAGUGUGACCGGCAGACUGGACGGUGUGUGUGUGGAGCAGGAUGGAUCGGACAGCGCUGUGAGAAAGCGUGUGUGUCAGGCCGCUUCGGCGUGGGCUGUGAGGAACAGUGUGAGUGUGAACAUGGAGCUUCUUGUCAUCAUGUCAGUGGAAGAUGUGUGUGUCCAGCAGGCUGGAGAGGAGCUCAGUGUGACAAAGCCUGCCUGCCUGGAACGUUUGGAGUGAACUGCUCCCAGCUGUGCACAUGUCCACACGGCACUUCCUGUCACCACGUCAGCGGAGACUGCGGCUGUCCGCCAGGUUACACAGGAAACGGCUGUGAGCAGACGUGUCUGCCCGGUACCUACGGCCUGGACUGUAAUCAGGUGUGUCAGUGCUCAGAGAGGAACCAGCUGUGCCACCCGGUGUCGGGGCGGUGCUACUGUGCUCCGGGGUUCACAGGAGACAGAUGUGACCAGGAGUGUGAGAGCGGGCACUACGGUCCAGACUGUGAGCGAGAGUGUCAGUGUGUGAAUGGUGGGGUGUGUCAGGCCACCACGGGAGCAUGCCAGUGUCCACCUGGGUUUAUAGGAGCUCAGUGUAACAUCACAUGUCCGGCCGGCCGCUACGGGCAGGACUGUGCACACGUUGCCCUCUGCAGGGACGGGGCGAGGAAUGACCCGGUCACAGGGCGGUGUGUGUGUGCUCCCGGGCGCAGAGGAGAGGACUGUGGACAAGGCUGUGCUUCAGACCGGUAUGGUGUAGACUGUUCUCAGCAUUGUAACUGCAGUAAUGGAGGCGUGUGUGACUCCGUCUCUGGGAACUGUACGUGUGGACUCGGCUUCACUGGGCUGCACUGUGAGAGAGAGUGCCCUGAGGGAUGGUAUGGUCCAAACUGUGUGUUGGAAUGUGAGUGUCAGCACAACGGCACAUGCGACAGGGUGACAGGGACAUGUCUCUGUGGACCAGGAUACUAUGGUCAACUGUGUGAGCAUGCUUGUCCAGAGGGUCUGUAUGGACCUCGGUGCCAGCAGCACUGCAAGUGUGUCAAUGGAGCUCUGUGUCAUCCCAGCAAUGGACAUUGCAUCUGUCCUGCUGGAUACUGGGGGUCACACUGCCAGAAAGAGUGUGAGCCGGGUACGUACGGUCUGAACUGCUCUAAACUCUGCGACUGCGCAGACGACACCAAGUGUGACCCUGUGAGUGGAGCGUGUGUGUGCGCGCCGGGGAAAACCGGACUCAGGUGUGACUCAGACUGUCGAGUGAACCGCUAUGGCCCAGACUGCUCAUUAAGCUGCGAGUGUGAGAAUGGAGCGCAGUGUGAGAGCCGUACCGGUCGCUGCGUGUGUGUGAAAGGCUGGAUCGGUUCCACAUGUACAGAAGAUGGACCUCCACCGCUGAGUAGAAGAGAGGAGCUGUCGCAUCUGAACAACUCCUUAUAGCAUGAAAGAGUGAAGAAGGGAGAGAAUGAAGUGCACAUGUGGAGGGAAGAGAAGAGAGGAGAGGAUCUGUUCUUCUUCUGGAGCUCCACUCACCUGCUUCAAGCCCUGCAUGAAGAGGACGGUGAGGGAACACACUCAUCACACUCGGAGGAGUGCAAAAGGCAUUCAAGCAUGUGUGUGUUCUGUAAGCUGCACUGAACACACACACACACACACACGGCCUCUCUCAUUUGGGACAGAGAAACACUCAUGCCACUUAUCAUAUCAAUAAAGAGACUAUAAAACUAGGGCUGACUGUAUAUGAGCAACACACACACACAGCACUUUAACCCACAUUUGUGUUUGUGUUCAGUGUUUCAGAAAGAGUUCUGUUGUAAGAUCAGCAACUUCCUGUAAACCCCGACCCCCCCACCCAGAUAGCUGAUCUCUGUUUCAGGACACUUGUAUUCGUGAGCUCUAUGCGAUUCACCAUCAGGAUUUGUUUAGAGUUUGAAAUUUGAAUUUUCUUCUCCAGAUUUUUGUACUGAUGCUACGAGGUUAAUGAAGCUAACAGAUAAAAAAAAGCUACCAGUUUAGAAGCUAGACUCCUCCCACUGUCUCAUCUAUUAAAAACAAACCUAGAGAGGAAAAAUGGCCAGCUCCAUCACUUUUCUGUACUGGAGGAAGGCACUGAUUCCACCAUCCACUCAAGUGAGACAUUAACUUUAAUCUGACCAGGUGAAGUGUUUCCCAGACCACCACCACACACACACACACACUCUCUUACUUGUCAGCAUCAUUAGCCUCAUUAGCAGCUCCUGCAGUGUUCCUCCAGCAAUCUAUGAUCUAUAGAUAAACAGAUAAUGCAAUCAAUCAGCAAACACUACAUAACUGUUAGACCACUGAAACUCUUAAACAUGGAAGAGGAGAAGUCUGGAUAAAAAGAAGAGUGACCUUUCGCCGCUUCUUUAUGGUGUUCAUGGUGCUACAGUCUCGUUAGAACGAAACGUUUUUGUUUUAAUUUGCUCGUCUUGAAUUUAUAAUCAGCAGUGGAUGUGCUUAUAAUAAUAAUUAUUAAUGCAGUGAUCUUAUAUAAGGUCUGAGCUCAAAGUUUUAUUGUGUUUUCCAUCAGUUUUUGUUCUAUAUAAAGGCAUCUGAUGUAUUUAUGUAUGAUGGACAUGUACAUUUUUUUUUAAAGAAUGCUGUACUGAUGUAAAUAAAAGAACAGGAUCGUACAAACCA